AUGCCUGGGGAGCAGCCCCGCAGAGCGCCGCGCGCAGCCAUGACCCGAGACCUGCAGCCCUGCCCAGGGGCCGGGGGCACAGGGGGCCCCUCCCGGCCCCCCAGUGAGGACGGCGUCCCAGCCAGCAGGACCGCUAAGGCCACAGGCUGCGAGGCCCAGGCUGGGGGGCCUCCAGAAACCCAGCAGUGGCAUGCCGGGCCGGGGGAGCCCAAGGCCUCACUCCCAAGAACCCCGUCCCUGAGCAGCGUCCCGGGGGAGGGAGGCGGCCCCCGGGCCCCGCCAGGGAGGAGCCGCACGCAGGCCAGCAGCGCGGACGGGAGCCCCCAGCAGCUCUACACUCGGAACCUCUCCGGCUCCCGGGCCAGACCCGCUCUGGACAUGACUCCCGAGGGCCCACCGUGCAAGGACCCCGGGGCCCCCGAGGCAGAGGCCCCAGAAGAGCUCAGUUUCCAAAGGUGCUUCCAGGAGGCCCCCUCCAGCUUUACCUCCACCAACUAUACCUCACCGAACACCGCCUCCGGGCCCCCGCCCCUCAGGGCCCCCCCGGGCAGCGGCGCCAGCCCCAGCCCGCCAGCCCCCUACUCGGAACCCCCGGGCGGCGGGGCCGACGCCUGGCCUCCCGCUGUUGACAACAGCUUCCCAGGUGCUAGAUUCGGGGUCCCUUCUUCCAAACCGGAGCCUUUUCCUGAAGGGGACAGCCCCGGGGUGGCCUCCUUCCAGUACCCCUUCCCGGCUCUGCGUGGGGCCGGCCCGAAACCCUUCCCCGAGGGCACGGCCCGGCCCGAGUUCGCAGAGAGACCGCUGGUGUUUGCCUUCCGUCAGUCCCGGGGAGCAUGGCCGGAGGAGGCGCUGAGCCCCGGCUCAGCCUUCCCCCUGCCCAGCCAGCCCGCUCCCCAGCCCCCGCCCUGCUACCCGGGGCAGCCCGGCCUCGACCCUCCUGGUGACCUCGGCUGUGCUACCCCACAGCCCGGUGCUGCUCACCCGGCCCCCAGCCCCUUCUCGGAGAGCACAGCCACCUUUCCGGACAGUUUACACAAGAGCCUGACCAAAGCACUCCCUGAGAGGCCGCCUUCGGCCCACGAGGGGCUGGCGAGCCCCAGGGGACCCCCGAACUCUCUGCCACAGAGGCACUUUCCUGGGCAGGCCUACGGGAGCCCCGGAGCCAGCGGAGUGAGCUCCAGCCCCGGGUCUCUGGACACGGAGCUGGGCGCCCCGGGGCCUCUGCCCACCAGACUGCCCCCGCUGUGGGACCCUGCCGCCGCCCCUUACCCCACGCCUCCCCUGGGGCCCCCAGCCACGGCCAGGAAUGCAUUCUUUGAAGGCCAGCCCGGCCUAGGCCAGUGCCUUGGCCUCCCCCAGACUCCCCCUCUGCCCUGGCCCCAGGUACUCCCAGCCGCCGGGCCCAGCCCCCACCGAGUGGAGGUGCUGAGCCGGCUGCCUUUCCCCCAGGGGGGCCCAGAGUGGCCGGGGGGCGGCCAGGGAGCCCCGGGCGCUGCCGUGGGCAAGACGGCGGGGCCGGGGGAGAAGCUGGCGGUGCUGAGAAGCAGCCCAGGCCAGCGCGGCGGCUCCCCCGGGCUCUUCCCCUACAAUGGGCUGAAGGACCCCGCAGCCCAGCCCCUGUUCUUCGCCGUGGCCCAGCCCCAGGUCUCCCCCCGGGCGACACCCUGCCUGCCCCCUCCCAGGGUGGUGGGCGCCUCUCCCUGCCAGUCCCCGCUGCCCUCGCCCGCCGCCAACACGGCCAGCAGCAGCUCCUGCUCGUCGCUGUCCCCCCUGCCUAGCAGCCCGGCCAACCCCAGCUCAGAAGAGAGCCAGCUCCCCGGCCCCCUUGGGCCUUCCGCCUUCUUCCACCCACCCCCUCAUGCCCAGGAGACCGGCAGCCCCUACCCGUCCCCCGAGCCCCCCCACACUGUCCCCAUUCACUACCAACCCGAGUGCCUCAGAGCCUUCCCUUUCCCCACAGACGGGCUGGGGGCCGAGGGCACCUUCAAAUGCCUGGAGGAGACCCCGUUCCCCAGCGCGGGCCCUGAGGGCGGCGGCAGAGGGCUGGAGGGCUUCCCCCGGGAGCCACCCCCCUACCCCGCCCACCACUUCCCCCUCAGCAGUGCCAGCCUGGACCAGCUGGAUGUGCUGCUCACGUGCCGGCAGUGCGACCAGAACUACGGCAGCCUGGCCGCCUUCCUGGGACACCGGCAGUUCUGCAGCGCGCUCCUGGCCAGGGCCAAGGACGGCCCCCGGCAGCCCCCCGGGGCCCCCGCCGACCCUGGCCUGCUCGGCCCCACCAAGGCGGCCCCCUUCCUGCCCACCGGGGACGUCCGGGCUGACGGCAAAGACGACCCCCUGAGGACCAGUUUCCUGCCGGGCCUGGCUGCUGCCCCCUUCCCGCUCCCGGCGGGGGGCCUGGACCCCGAGGACGACGCCAAGCUGGACAGUCUCAUCACCGAGGCGCUCAACGGCCUGGGGUACCAGUCGGACACCCCCGAGAUCGACAGCAGCUUCAUCGACGUCUUUGCUGACGAGGAGCCUUCGGGGCCCAGAGGCCCUGGUGCUGGGCAGCCCCCCAGGACCAGGGUGGGGACGGCACCAGAGAGUAAGGCCCAGGCCCCGCUCCCAGCCGGGGCCACCCCGCCAGAGCCCCCGGGCCCCCCGCCCGGGAGCAGGAGCCCCCUGACCCGCAGCAGACCCCAAACCCGCUCCCUGGGCCCAGCGCCUGCGGACGCCGAUGGGGCCGGCCCGGCUCAGCACAGGAGAGGGAAGCGGUUUAAGCUGUUCCAGAAGGGCCUGGACACAGCCAGCACCACCAAGGGCCGCAAGGGCCCCAGAGCCACUCGCCCGAGGCCGAGGAGGAAAGGCCACAGGGCUGAGCCGUCCCUGCUGCGCCUCCGGGACCUCAGGACCCAGGCCCCUGAGAGCCAGGGAGCCCCGGCCAGACAGGCCCUGCCCGCCGACACCAGGAGCUCCCAGCGCCUCCGGCGCUCCCCCGGGAAGGCCUCCAGGCGGAGGCAGCUGCGGGGCGGAACCUGGAGCAAGGAGCUCAUCCACAAGAUCGUCCUGCAGAAGAACAAGCACCCCGGGGGGCAGGGGCAGGGCGGGCGCUGCCCCCCGGGGUCCUCGGGGACGGCACCCAGCAGCGCCGCGGCCGGGCCCCAAGGGCUCACGUGCGCCUCAGAGUCGGAGUCGGAGGACGGCUCGCGGCCACGGGGCUCCCGCCUCAGAGGCCGGCCCCGCCACGGCUGCCGGCGGUGGCGCCGGGGCACCAGGCAGAAGGAAGGGGAGGUGGCCCUGGGUCCCCAGGAGGAUCCAGGGCGGCGGAAACCCAGGCCGGAGGCCACAGAGGGCGGGGGCUCCCCAAGCCCAGGCCCCGAGCAGGGAGGCCCCGAGCACCUGCUGCAGGCUCCCGCCAGCGCCGACGCCCCCGAGGACUGUCCAGCACCAGAUGUCCCCCGAGACAGCAAGAGCCCUGAACCCGCUGAGAGGCUCCCCUUGGACGGCCUGAAAGUUCCCGGAGACGUUCCGAGCUCCUCUCCAGCCCCUUGUGCGAGAGGAAGCCCCUGCCCUCCAGCCCCAGCGCGGCCAGAGCCCGGCAGAGGGGACCCCCGGGGGUGCCGUGGGAGCCCACCAGCCGCGGGCACAAGCAGUCUGCCGGGCACUGCCCGGUGCACGGAGCCGCCCAUCUCCCGGGACGAAGAGGACCCCCCUGCCUACCCACCAGGGGAACUGCUGGUGCCCGUCGCCAGCACCGCCGACGCCGCCUACCUUGAAUCUGGCGUCCUGUUUUUGAAGACCUCUGAUCUUGGUUGUGACUCUGCUCCUUUUAACAGAGACUCUGUGGGGGUUCCCUUUGCCCAGAAGAGACCCCAGCCCUACAACAGCCCCCCCAGCAAAUUGUUCCUUGGACCCAAAGACCUGCCCGGCUGUUUCCAAGAAGACCUGUACUCCAAGCCCUUAGAACCAGACGCUCUGCCUGCUAGCGGCGGGCGCCUUCCCCAGGAGGCUGUGGGCCCCGGUUCCCUGGAGCCAAAACCACCCAGGAGUCCACCCUACACCAUCCGAGGGGGCCCAGGUGGGCCUGAAUCGCCACCGCUGACCUUGGAGGCCACACCCCUCUUCUCGGGGCUGCCUGUGGACAGAUUUGAGCCGCCAAUCUACAGCAGCCUGCCCGGAAGCGGAGACACACACCCAUCGCUGGCAUGUGCCCCCCCUCCGCCAAGGAAACCCCAGUUAGAGCCGCCAUACUCCCCUUUCCUGCCCGACAAGGGCUGGUCCCUGCUGGAGGGGUGCCCCGUGCUGGCCAGCCAUCUUCCUGACCUCCUGGGGGAGAAGGCAUUCAGCGGGAAAUGCCCCGGUGACGUGACAGAGGCCGCCAGCCCCCCACCUCCGCCCGGCAAGGUCAGCGAAUGUGGCGUCCCUUUCACGGGCAGCCUGUCCGAAGAUGAACUCGAAAUCAAAAGACUGGUGGCCGAAUUGGAAAGUCAGCUACAGAGUAAAGGUGCGCACGAGGCCCCAGAGCUGCUGUGUGUGGCUGGGCACGCGGGCAGGACGCACGCGGGCGCAGGGCCCCCCCUGCCCUCCCCCCCGGCCACCUCGACCCCCAGGGACGCCGAGGCCGACCUCACCGGUCUUGGGGAAUUGAGUCCAUGCUCAGAAGGGACAGGAACCGCAGUGGCCGCCACGGAAGGGACGCCAAGGAGCAUCCGGGAGUGGCCCUCAUCUCACCCGGGAGAAGCAGCCCUCUCCCCCGGUGCGCGUGCAGACGUGGCAUCCGGGGCUCCCGUGAGCCUCGGUGGGGCCGACAGCAGCGUCCGAGCUGUGCAGACAGCCAGCGUCUCCGAGACAGGGCCCCCCACGGCAGCAGGGGACUGCGGGGUCCACCCGGAAGUCUGGCUGGCUGGCUCUAGAGAGCCAUUCAAACCUCCACUGGACGUGAGGAGCUUAGCAAAGUGCAGCCCAAACCGUGAGCCUUUUCUCCCUAAAAAUAACAGGGCCCCCGGGGUGCACCAGAGUGACACCCUGCUCUUCCUUCCCUGCACACAGGCGCUCGGGCCCUGCCUAGAGCCCCCCACGCCGGAGGCAUCUCAGGGCGCCGCCCCUUCCUGUGGUGACGGUCAUGGCGACACCCCCAAGGGAUAUUCUGGAAGCAGAGCAGGCCGGCUGGAAGGAGCGGGCCUCCCCCACCCUGGGGCCGGGGGGGCCGGCCUUAAGGCUAACGCGGAGUUUGUGCCCGUGGGGGCCUCCCCAAGUCCUGCCUGUGUGCCCGACACCGGUCCUGGCCGGAGGCCCCAGGACCCAGCCCCGAGCCCCCUGCGUCAACUCCAGCUCCUGGUGGCCAGAGCUGCCGGGAGGGAGGGGGACGCCCCAGCUGCUGACGCCCGGAGCCCUCAGUGCCCUGAGCCCUCAGACCUGGAAGGGGACAGCGUGCAAGGGGGGAACAUGGCCUGCAGCCCCACCCGGGGCGUCCCAGGGCGCGUACGCACGACGGCUGUCCUUGCUGUGGCCGGCGGCCAGCUGGGGCCCGAGGCUGACGGACAUCUGGACUCACACGGCCAGGCUGAGAAGCCACAGGGCCAAGGCGGAGCGAGCGGACUGCAGCCAGAUAACCCGGGGAGCCUGGUGGGGCCAGACAGCCUCUCCGCGGUCAGUGCCACUCCUGCAGCUGCCCCGGCCGGGCCGGCCAGGGGCUCAGACCAGCCAGGGGCACAGCUCCAGCGAAAUGGGGGUGUCUUGAGCCUUCGAAAAGAGGCCACCCCAGGCCUCACCUCCUCUGAUGCAGAGCCUUUGUCUGCAGCCCAGGCCCACAACGGGCAGGGGGCGCCAACCGCAGAGGAGGCGGCCAGCCCAGCGCCCCCAGUCAGGGGCCGGGCCAGCCGUGGGCCCCUGCCCCCUCCUGCAGCCACCCCGAUGCCCCCUGGGCCGGAGCACCUGUCCCAGGAAGACCCCCCUUCAGGUGAGCUGAGGGGGCUGCUCCCGGCACGUCCAUCCUGCAGGGACCCUCCCAGCCUGCGGCUCCCACCCACCCGUUCUCCUGCCGGGGCACCUCCCCAGAGGGCAGCCCGCACCCCGGCCACCACAGAUGCCGGGGCCGGGCGAGCACCCGCAGUGCCCCCGUCUUUGAGGACAAGCCCCUGUGGCUUCAAGGAAAGCCUGGCUCCCCAGCCCCUCCCGGAGGACCAGAGUCCCCUGGAAGACCCUCCCUUGGGCCAGCCUGGCUUCAUCAACGUCUUCACUCCUGCCCAGGGGGACGGCUGCCCCCAGGGCAGCACCUCAGAACCUCUAGAGGAUUCCAGAAAAGAGAAGCCAAGGACAUCUCCUGUCUCGGCCGCCCCUCCUCCCCCAGUGAGGGCCACCUCGGCUCCUGGCCUCCCUGCCCCAGAUGGCACGGGGCCAGUCGGCUGCCCAGACCGCCCCUGCAGGCGAACUGCACCCCACACCAGCCCUAGUGGGAUGCCCACGGAACCCCCGUCCUUGGACCCCCCAGGUGACCGGGAAGGCCAGGUUGUCACCGCUUUGCCCGCUGACCCUCCCACAUGGGGGGCCACUGGGCCAGAUUCCUACGGCUGCCAGGAAGGCGAGGUGGUGGCCAGCCACUCUGCUGGGACGAAGGAGUCUCGUGCGGGUAGCCGAGGCCCCCCAGCUCCCUGCCCCCCCACAGAGCUCCAUCAGGGCAGAGUCCCCUCCCCCGGCCGCACACCCAGUGAGUCCAGACCCAGCUCCCCCCAGAGCCUCGGAAACGUUCACCACGCACCCCGGAGGGACCCCCUCAGCCCCCAGGGCACCAGACAGGAGCCUCGUGCCUUUAAAAAGAAGCCCAUGUCCACAGAAAAUGGCCACUGGAAAGACCGAGCCCCCGGCAAGCGGCCCGUGACCUGUGAAGUGUGUGCAGCCUCCUUCCGCUCCCGGCCGGGCCUGAGCCGCCACAGAGCCAGGAAGCACGGGCCGCACAGAAGUGUGGCCUCCCCACCAAGCCCCGUGGCCCCGCCCGCUCCCCAGCCCCCUGCGAGCCAGCCCCCCGGGAAGAAAAGCCGCAGGGCACCUGGGAAGGAGAAAGUGAGGCAGGCACUGAGCUGCCCCGGCCACACUCUCGGGCUGCCUCCUGACCCGGGCGCAGAGGCUCCUGCGGAGAGGUCGGGUCCCCAGAUGUCCGAGGGACCUGGUGGGGAGGGGUUCGGCGCUCUGGGAACACCAGGCUGUACCCCUAGCCCGGAACCACCCCCCCCAGGCCUGGACGUGGCCGUGACGCCUGCAGAGCCCAGGAAACAAGACCGGCUGGUAAAGGAUGAGCCUUGUCCCCAACAGACAGAGAAAGGCGGAGGCCAGAGGCGGGGCAGAGCGCCCACAAACGUCCCCAACAAGCCAGAGAAGAAAUCACAGGAAAAGGCGAGGAAACCCAGAGCAAGAAGGGGGAGUGGUCCUCUGGUCCCUCCUGGUGCCAUUACAGACGGAUUCCGCGGGGAUCCACCCGCGGCCGUCGCCAGUUCCCCGGUGCCUCCGGGCAGCCAAGCACCUGACGCAGAUGGCUCCUGGCCGCAGGUGACGGCGGGCAUGGAGGGCACAGACCCAGAGGAGCCAGCACAGAAGUCACCCCGGGAUCGCAUGGCCUGUCCGGGGGCGCUGGAGGGGGUGCCUCCUCGGAACGGGCAGGGGAGACGGAGGGCAGCCUUGGCGAGGGGGCGGGAGACCAGGACAUCAGACGUCUCCGAAGAGCCGUCGGGGGCAGCCAGGUCUGAGCCUGCAGGGGACGGCAGAGCAGCUGAGGGCGGGUCAGGGCAAGGUGUCUGGGAGAGGCGUGAGCCCCUCUGGCGCCCCCCAGCCUGUACCCCUGCCGACGGCACCAGCAGCAGCUGCCCCCAGAGCCCCCUGCUCGACCCAAAAGCGGAGGCCAGGCUCCAGGAGUGCGAGGGCGCUCCUGGAGCCCCCAGCCCGGGCCUCGGGGACCCUCUGAGUGUGUUUGAUGAUGACGCCUCCUUUUCUCAGCUCUUCCCUCUGGGCGGCCGCCUGACCCGGAAGAAGAACCCGCGAGUCUACGGGAAGCGCUGUAAACAGCCCAAGGCCCCGCCAGCGCCAGAGCCCGGCGGUGAGGCGGGGGGCGGCCCGCUCGCCUCCGCCCAGCUGCCCACAGACCUCAGUGACUCGGGCUCGCUCUGCCUGUCCCACGAGGACCCGUGGGGCGACGAGACCACCGGUCUGCCGGAGUCCUUCCUCCUGGAGGGCUUCCUGAGCAAGAUGCCUGGCAUCGACCCCUGGGCCCCCAGCCCCGGCCUGUGGGCCCCAGACCCCGGCCCGGAGGUGGACUGUGUGGAGGGCGUGCCCCUCGGCUGCACUGAGGACCACCCGGCAGACAACAUCCCCGAGCUGCACAUGGUCCCAGCGGCCUGGCGAGACCUGGAGCUGCGGGCCGCCACCGAAGAGAUGGCCUCCUCUCUGGGGGGCGAGAGCCCAGAGCCCCCCGACCUGGAGCGAGAGCACUACGACAGCGGGCUUCCCGGGAACGCCGUGGAUCUUGGGCUGCUCGGCGCCAAACUGGAGGUGCGAGACCUGCGCUUCCUGGGGCCCUGCGGAGACCCCGAGGGCGUCCCCGGCACCGGCUUCCUGGGCUCCGGGGCCUCAGUGAGCCAAAGGGCAGAGGAUGCCGCGGGCGCCGGAGGGGCGCCAGGCAGGGCGCGGCCCAAGGCCGGGAGGGCGUCGUACAAGUGCAGGGUGUGCUUCCAGCGCUUCGGCGGCCUGGGCGAGCUGGACCUGCACCGGCUGGCGCACAGCCCCGCGCCGCCGCCCACCUGCUACAUGUGCGUGGAGCGCAGGUUCCGCUCGCGGGACCUGCUGCGCCAGCACCUGCGGGAGAAGCACGCGCAGAGCCAGGCGGGGCGCUGGGCCUGCGGCAUGUGCCUCCGGGAGGCCGCCGACGUCUGGAUGCACAACGAGCACCUGCGGGAGCACGCGCUGCGCUUCGCCCGCAAGGGGCGGGCGCGGCGGCCGCUGGGGGGCCGGGAGGGCGACGGCAGCGCCGCGGCGCAGGCGUCCGGGCCCAGGGCGGGCAAGCGCCCCGUGGGCGGGGCGGAGGGGGCGCAGGCCGGGGCCGGGGAGGCGUUCCGGGAGGAGAGGGUGAACCCCACGGCUCCCGCCACCCCGGCACACCAAGACGGCCCCGCGGCCCCGGCUGUGGCGGACCGCAGCCCUCCGAGCGCCUCCGCCAAGACGCCCCCCAGCCUGCCCCCGGCCCCCCGCGCCCACGGCGAGCCCCUCCUCCGCGCCGUGUCUGUGCGCAUGCACGAGGGCUGCAAAGACCCCUCCCGCGACUGCCACCACUGCGGGAAGCGCUUCCCCAAGCCCUUCAAGCUGCAGCGCCACCUGGCGGUGCACAGCCCUCAGCGCGUCUACCUGUGCCCGCAGUGCCCGCGCGUCUACGCCGAGCCGCGCGAGCUGCGCGCGCACCGGGCCGGGGCGCACGGCGCGAGCGCGGAGCUGGAGCCGCCGCACACGCCGCUCUACGCCUGCGAGCUGUGUGCCGACGUCACGCACAUCAGCCGGCGCUCCUUCGUGUGCAGCGCCUGCAACUACACCUUCGCCAAGAAGGAGCAGUUCGACCGGCACAUGGACAAGCACCUGCGGAAGGCGCGGCAGCCGUUCACGUUCCGCGGCGUGCGGAGGCCCGGCGCCCCCACGCAGAGGGCGCCGGCCCGCGAGGGCGCCCUGCCCAGCAAGCGGCGCAAGGUGGCCCCGCCCGGCAGCCCCCCGGGGCCCGGCGCCCCCGCCCCCGCCGGCGAGGGGUCGCUCCCAGCCCUGCCGCAGCCCUGCCCGGAGGCGGCUCCCGGCGCCCCCAAGGGGCAGCCCAGGACCCCCGAGCGGCCUGCAGACCCUGCGGGCCGCCCGGCCUCCGGGGGCGACCUGCCCUCUGACGUCCCGGCGCUCCUGCCCCCGGCUCUGUCUCCUUUCCCCGCGGCCUCGGCUGAUGGCAGAGACGGCCACAAGCUGGAUGGGGCCCUAGAGAGCUCGCAGAGGGAGGCCUCUCCAGGCGGCCCCCGGCCUCGCCUGCAGCAGGCUCUCCCUCUGGGGGGCUCGUUGCCCCGGCCGGGGGCCAGAGGCCAAGACGGAGAGAAAAAGAGGGCCGCUGGCCCGUUCUCAGGGAGAGGCAGGACCCCAGGCGCCCCCGGCAAACGUGCCCCUGACCGUGGCCUGGAAGCCCCCUCCCUGCUCCGGAAGGAGAAGCAGGUGUCCGCGGGGCCCCCGCUGCCUGAGGGCGGUGCAGGGAGCCCCUCCCACAAAGGCAGUGCCGCCAAGGCUUUGGGCUGCCGGAGUUUGUCGAAGGACAGGUCAGCCGUGCCCGCUCCCAGCAAAGCCCCCAGGUUCCCGGUGCAGCUGAAGAAGGCUGUGGCCAGUCCGACAGCCCGAGAGCUAGCCCAUGGCACCGAGGACAGGCCGAAACCCAUCACCCUCAAGGCCAAGCUGAGCCCCAGCUCCCAGGGCGGGGGGGGCCCCCGGCACAGCACCAAGACAUCCGGCGGCAGCCAGCCCCAGCCGGCCAGCGGGCAGCUCCAGAGUGAGACAGCCACCACCCCAGCCAAGCCCAACUGCCCGGGCCAGGGCCCCGCCCCAGACAAGCAUCGUCCUCGAGCCCCAGCCAAGGGCUCUCCCAAGGGGCCAAGGGAAGCCGGUGACCAGGGGCCCCGGGGGAGCUUGGGCCCCAGGGAAGAUGGGGAGGUCAGUGAAAAGAGGAGGAAGGGCCGGGCCCCAGGGCCAGCCAGGAGUGAAAGUGUGAGAAGCCUGGGGAGAGCCCACUCGGUCCCUGACAAGCCCCCCCGGGCCCCCCGGAAGCAGGCGACGCCCAGCCGCGUGCUCCCCACCAAGGCCAGGCCCAGUAGCCAGAAGGGCACGAUGCCACCCCAGCCCUCGGAGCAGCAGCGGCAGGCGGGGCCGGGCCACACCCCCGGGGACUGCAGGCGCCCCAAGGAGGGGCAGGGCAAGGCCUGCCCCCAGGGGAGACCCCUGCACAGAACCCCCAAGAGGGACAGAGCUGUCCACGGUGCUGAACCUGCCAAGCCCCGAGCCUGCUGGACCGCCGAGUCCCAGAAUGACCUCCUCAGCCAGCUCUUUGGGCAGAGAGUCACCAGCUUCAAGAUCCCUCUAAAGAAAGACCCUUCAGAGUAAUUUAUAGACACGAGUGAGUACCUGGCAGCAGGGCUUGGAUCAACCCAGCAAGUGGGGGCUCCCGUCUAUGCUGACAGGCCCCAGUUCUCUAAGGGUGUUGGGUGGGUGGCCACGUGCUAAUCCAGCUGCCUCAUGCAAAUGCCGAGUUUGGUAUUAGGGCUGAGACUGUGAUGCUCUGAGCGGGGCCUGGGGUGGACAGCAAUCCCUCUCUAGGUGGAAGGUGAGCGUGAGGGCCAGGCCAGCUGCAGCCCCUUCGAGACCAUACGGCGCUUUUCUCAGUACCAAGAACUUGAAGAGGAGGCGGCGCCCUGCCCUGCGUGCCCCACUGCCGAGGCUCAGCACGCCACAGACACUCCGUCUGCAGGCUUGCACGGGGUCCUCCCGCGUGUCACCUAGCAGGGGAGGGAGCUGAGGCAGCCUCCGGUCAGGUGGCCCCCCUUACUCUUGCUGCUGUUGCUGGAAUUGCUUAGAAGCCACAUUUCAGGGCUGGGCUCUCGCCGCUGGAAGAGCUGCGAGCCAGUGGGCCGCUCUGACCACAGAGAGGUGCUGGCCACUGUCUGCAGUGCACCUCGGCCCCUGGGGACUGGGUUCCCAUCUGGAAGGCGGAGAAAGGCACUCACCAGCCAGCUCCCGCUGGCUCUCCCUCCCCAGGUGCCCUGCCUCUGCGGCUGCCCUUUCUAGAGCCUUCCUCCCACAAGGAGCUCUCCGCUGCAAGUAUCAGCAAUUUUACUCUGAAUUUCUGGUGCUAUUUCAUGUCGUAAUGUGAAUUCAGGCUUCCUUGGUGUGUCUCACCUGGGGGGAUGGGCGGGGAGACGGGCGCUGCACCAAGGCCCACCAGCACCAGCGGCCCUGGCAAGUCUUCCACUGGCUCCCUGGCCCCACGGGCACGGUCAGAGGAGCGGCCCGGUGGGACGCUCAGGGCCGCCCGGGCAGGGAGGCGACUCGUGCACUGACAGGACCCGGGGGUCGGCGCGCAUGUCCUGUUUAUGGAAUUGUGUCUUCAAGGGGGGCAGGCGGGCAAGAGGGGCUCCCUUGGGCUUCUCUGAGGUUCAUGGCUUGUGUUGGUCUGGUUUUCCUUUUUUACCUUGGGUGCAAUGUGUGUCAAAGUGUUUAUUUUGAUAUUUUGAAAGAGACCAAACUGGGCCCAGAUUGCCUUUCUAAAAGGUGCUGUGUGCCACUCAGAAUGCCUUCAGUGCUGACGAAUAA